GGCAGGUUUCUCAAUCACAGAUGAAGGACACAAAUCACCACAAGAUCAAAUCAAUCUCUCUUUUUUCAGUUUUAAGGAACAAGGGACACGAAAACGAUGAAUCUCAUCUUGUUUAUCUUUGGUUCAUGCAUCUCAUCGGGUCUCUCCAAACAGUUUGUCUUUGUUAAUGAACUAAAAACAUAUGAUGAUGCCCAGAGCUUCUGCAGAAAACAUCACAAUGAUCUGGCCACUAUUGAAGACAUGACAGAUCUGAAUGAUCUCCAGAACACUGUGAGCGGGAUUACAGAAACAUCUGCUUGGAUCGGACUGAAGAAAGAAGGUACUCCUCUCUGGUAUUGGUCCCUUAACGACAGGGAAUUCUACAGGGAAGGAGAAGCCGAAUAUAGAAACUGGGGAACUGGAGAGCCGAAUAACUUGGGAGGGAAUCAAAACUGUGUUGCCAUCGAUGAUGGGGGGAAAUUCCAGGAUAGGACAUGUUCUGACCCAUUUCAGUUCAUUUGCUAUGAUGGAAAUGUGAAUGUUGCACAGAGGUACGUGUUUAUCAAUCAAAAAAUGACCAGGAACGACGCUCAGAUGUACUGCAGAACGACACACACAGAUCUGGUCAGUAUCAGGAACCUGGAGGAGAACCAGCAGGUCCAGGCACUAGUACCAGCAGGAGCAGUGGUCUACAUCGGCCUCUAUAAAGAAUCUUACAGAUGGUCAGACAACAGCAGUUCUUUAUUCAGACGCUGGUCUUUAAAUGAGCCUGACAACAGCGGACCGUGUGUUGAGCACAUAUUUCAGCAGAACGCAUGGAGUGAUCAGAUCUGCAGCACAGCAAGACCGUUCAUCUGCACCAGUGUGUUGAAGAUGCAGAUAUUGAGAGUGAAGGUGAAAUCCAGUCUGAAUGUAAAUGAUCCUGCAAUGAUGACGACUGUCUUACAGAAGAUUCAACAGAAUCUAGUAAAUCUGGGAAUGUCAAAGGAUGCCAAACUGGUGUGGAGAGUUCAGUCAGACGGAGCCGUCUUCCACACGGUGCAGAAUAAAAAUGAGUCUGCAUUGUCAGUGUUAUAGAGGGAUAGUUCUCCCACAAAUGAAAAUUAUUUCACCAUUUAGACUACUAACCUUCCAAAAUCACACUGUAUGCCUUUAGUAGUUGAAUGGAAAAGGAGAUGUUUAGCAGAAUGUUAAUCUCAGUCACGAUUCACUUAUAUAGUCUGAUACAUGAAAAUCAAAAGAAAUUUAGUCUGUAGUCUUAAUCUUGUUCUUUAAUCUUGUUUUAAUUACAUCUGAUCACUUUAAAAUAUCCUGUGAUUUUGCAUUAAGUAAAUAAGUACAAGUUCUACUCUUUUAUUUACAUUGUGAGGGGAAGAUAGCAGUGAUAGAACAAUCAGCUCUAGUAGUGAAGUAGGUACAUUUUUAACCAUUUAAACCUCUAAAAUCUAAAUAAAAUGCUUUUGUGUGUGUGCGUCUAUCAUGUAAUGGUCAAAUGUAAUGGAUGGUUACAUUCUCAAUAUGUACAUUCAUUUCAAUAAAACA